AUGAAAUGGGCAAUUCCAGUUGUCAUUGGGCAGUAUGGCUCCUGCAAUGACUGCAUCUCUCUUUCAGAUGCUAAGACUAUGCUCACUUUUAUUCCUCAGUCGCAUUUCUUGACCUGUUGGAUGUCGAGCUCCACAUUUGGUGGCUCCAGUAUAGCCCUGCCGAGAGUCAUUGACAACGCGGCUCAAUUCGCAGCUGCCGUGGUUGCUACUUCCGAGAAUGACAGUGUUAGGUCUUGCGGUUACCCUGAGAUGACGCUCAUAGAUCCGAUGAAGGGCUCGUUUCACGUGGAAAACAGACUAUCCUACAACCGUCACUGGCUCCUGCCUAAAUAA